AUGGGCACGCCAGGGCCGUCCCUGCUCACCAGCGGCGCCGGAAUGGACAUCUUCUGCGUGCCCAACAAUCCCGACGACUUUGGACGCUUCGCCGGCAUGCUGGCCCAGCGCUACGACGGACUUCACGGGCAUGGGCGUAUUGCCGACUUUGUCAUCAACAACGAAGUCAACAGCAACGACUGGUUCAAUAUUGGCUGCGGCCGGGGCGUACCAUGUGACACGAAUCAAUGGCUCGACCAGAUCGGGUCCAACUACAACGCCGCCUACGACCGCAUCGUCGUCGAGCAGCCGACUGCCAAGGUUCUGACCUCGUUGGACAACUUCUUUGGCAAGGAACUCGACGACGCGGCUCACGGCCGUCUGUCCGGCAUGACAGUACUUGACGGCUUAGCCGCCCGAGCUGGGAACCGCCAAUGGCGGGUUGCCUAUCACGCCUACCCCCCGAACCUAUUCAGUCCCGUCUUUUCCGCAGAUGAUUAUCCCAAGGUCUCUUUCGGUAACAUCGGCAUCCUGCUGGGUUGGUUGAGGCAAAGAUACCCAAGCAACCCGCAUACCUGGACCGUCCAGCUCACCGAGAACGGAAUCAACUCUGGCGACCAGUCCAGCGAGGCGGCCCAGGACACUUCGGUGUGCCAGACAUUCCGCAACGUGCUCGGCACACCUGGCAUUGAAAGUUAUAUAUAUCACCGCAUGCAGGACAAUGCCAACGAGGGCGGCCUCAAGCUCGGUCUCCGCAAGGCCGACGGCUCGGCCAAGUCCGCGUGGGCAACCUGGGCGCUUGCGAACCGCAACGACAUCUCCCCUGCCCGGCUCGCCUGCGGCUUCGAGGACCUGCCCCAUACCGUGCUGCGCAGAGGCUACAACCCCAAACGGGGCCACGUCGCCUCCUCGAGGAUGCUGCCCCCCGGAUUCACCUCCGAGUCGACUUGGCGUCUGUUCCGUGAUGAGCAGCCGGACACGGUCAUGCUUUACGAGUGUAAGCGCAAUUCAAAAAACAAUGGUGCCGCCGCCGCCGACGCCCUGGACGGCGCGCGCGGCGAUGAGCAUGCCUAUGCUAUUGCUGACAGCGCACAGCAGGCUGCCGAUCCAGAAGAUAACGACGGCGCUAAUGAGGACGAGUUUGCGGCCGAAUAUGUCCGAGAUCUUGCCCCAGGCCGGCACGAAGGUGGCGUUCCCGAGCAGGUACGCGCUGCCGAUCCAGACAUAGCCUGUGACGGUCACGGACUGAGCCAGAAGGCUGUGGACUCUAUUACGAAGAUUCUGCUCUGA